AUGUCUUCAUUAUGUCUGGUGCUCCAGGUCGGGUGCCAAUACACACCAAUUGAAGACACGCCUACACCCCAUGCGGUUGCGUGCCGGUGUCUGCUGCUCCGCACAUGCUUCCGUCUGAUAUCCCUUGCAAUCCGCAUACAUAUCGUUCAUAAUGACGUUGCACCGAGGUGCUAUCUGUCACCUCGCUCCGACAACAGCACAUCAGGUCCACCAAUAAACUCGGAGGAAAACACAGCAUGUAGUGGUCCCUGGGAUACAAUUCAAGUAAUGGUCGCUAAAAUCACUACUCCUGAAUCAAUGGGCGACAGACUCGUCGGGAAUGCACUCAAUAGCAAAGACCUGGAUUCAUUUGAUGGCACCACUUACGAAGGAGGGAUCAAAAAGUGGCAGAAACACGUACACGGCUCGAAAAUGAGCAAGGCGCAGACACCUAUGUCUAAAGAUCAAUUAAACGACUGUGCAAGUGGAGAAGUCGCAGGAGCUGGGGUGAUGUUCCAGGAAAUUACGCAUAAUGUAGCCAACAGCGAAUAUCCACAGGAGAUCACAGACCAGCUCAAUGCUCAUGCGCCGAUAUCGCGCAUUGACCCCGGAAUGUCGGGCCUGAAAAGCAUACGAUGGCCGUCGAUAAUCGCUGUGGAAGUUGGGUCAAACGAACGCAUACGAUUGCAAUAUAACAUCUUCGCCAAGAGCCGUUCUUGGGAGCCCAAGAGAAGGAAGGACACAAGACUUGGCAAGACGGAGCAUGCGGUCCACGAGAUGUUAGAUGCGGCCGUGCACAACGCACGAGAAGUCGGACAGCUCCAAGUCAGCCAUGCACGUGGAGCAGACCCAUCUUGUGAGCACACAUGUCCCCUUGCAACGCUGUCGCCCUCCCGCAUCACGCGCGGCAGCCAGGUCUCUCCGCCUCGAGGCAUAGCCAUCCCAUUAGUCGUAUACCCCGAGGGGAGGCGCUACCUGCUUUUUCUUUCCGUACUCCUCGGUGCUACCUCUGCCAUGAUCUAUGGAACACGCCCUCAUAUCUCUGUGGGCGGUCUGCUCCGCCAGGUCGACUUGCACACCGUCUUCUUUUGCACCGUUGCACUGAUUGUGGUCCUCGUCCUGGCAUACCUGACCAACCCGUCCGAGACAUCGUUUCGCACCUACCUCACCGAACAAUCCUUCCGUCAACACCUCAGCCGCCUCGAUGAUAACGCACAAGACGAGCAAUCCAGCACCAAAGGCUCCGCUCUUCCACUUGCUGCAUCUCGUCGAUCGCCGCCCAUCAGCCACAACAGGCCACGCCCAGAUUUCAGCACGAAAUCUCCCUUUCACUUCGUCAAUCGCGCUUCAAUAUCGUUGCGCACUCCCAAGCAUGUCAUCCACAGCUUCGGCAUACUGACUAUUGCAGCCGUCCUUCCCAGUGGUUCUCAGCCUCGUGGCGCCCUCCCUGUGGAAGGCUUGCCAUCCACCGUCAAUGACUCAUGGUUCAUUGGCGCCUUCGGCAAGUGGUGGCGAGGCGGUCCUAUUCGCACAUGGUUUCACGAUGUUAUUGUCAACACCAAGGACGCGGAGCGCAUGAGCUCUGGCAUUCUUGACGCAAAGGCUCUCGAUAACUUGGAAUGCUAUGAUGGAUUGCCCUUCACGUCACCAUCCACUACACUGCAUCUACCUUCCACGGAGCCGACGGCGAAACUCAGGGGCACCGAGCGCACAGCACAACGCACGAUCAACAACUCUACCCGCAGCACGACACCGCCACCGUUGCCAAAGUCUGCCUCGCUUCCGCUGCACGCACCUCGGGUUCCUACAUCUCCGCCCAAGCUCGAUCGUAGUAACAUACAUACACCCGGCCAGAUCCAGUCGUGCAAUGUCACAGAUAACUUGCGAUUGAACACGCCCACGAAUGUCGCAUAUGCACCUCCACCCACAUCGCUUUUCGACCAGUCGCCAGCAAUCGCUGAGAUCCUUCGGCAGAUCACUCAGACGCGUGACGCGGUGCGCGACCUUCGCGCGCAGCUCACCGAUUUCCGCGCGAGUGCGGCGGAGUCACAUUCUAACAUCCAAGCAGAUCUCGAAGCACAGCGCACUCGCAAGCGUAUCGACGAUGCUGCACGGCUUGAGCUCAAGACACAGACGCGCGCCCUCGAAGACGCUAAGCGCGCAGCCGAGGGAGGGCGGCGCGAUGCAGAGAAGCGACUACGGGCCGCGGAGAGUGUGCGAGAUAACGCGGCACGUCGUGCUGAGCGGCUUGGUCAAGAGAUCAGCACAUUACGCGCGCGUGCUGCCGAGGACGAGGCAGCUGUGGUGCGCGUGAAGGAAGAGGGGGAAGCCGCGGCUGAUGAGACUCGGAAGGCGAUGGAUGUGAAGAGGAAUGAGAUCAAGGUCACGGAGAACGUGAUUGCGGCGCUCAACGCGCGCGCAAAGGAGCUGGAGGAGAAGAUCGCUCAGGAGGAGGAGCGGUUGCUGCAGGCCAAGGAGCAGGCAGAGCUACGGAAACAAGACCGGUCAUUCUAUCCUUUGCAUGUCGUCUCGACUUUCGGAGGGGAGGAGACGGGUCCAUGGUCACCAGCCACCGCAUACAGUCAGACUGUAGCCUCGGACUCGCUCUCGCAGCGCAAUGAUGUAACCGGUCAUGACAAUUUCUCACCGCCGGCCUUACAGGUGUCUCCUCCUAGCGCAAGAGACAUGGGCACAACUCAACCACGCGGCCUGUCCCUGUCUCCUGGACCCAAGAACCUGUCUCUUGGCGGCAUCUCAAACUUCCAUGACACACUCAAGCCUGGUAUCCUGGACGGUAACAACGAUGUCUUCUUGCAGUCCUAUGGACAGUCAAUCUUCGACGAGCAACGCUCCUCACGAUCUGUUUCGACGCGGUUUUCUCCUUUCAGCGAUAGUGACGCCGACUUGUCUCUGCCCGGUGGCGAGUCGAUUUCGCCGCGGAGCACGUCGCUGAUACCGUCGAGCCUGAUCAGCUCGCUGGAGAGUGGGUCAAGCAUGGAGGACAUGUCGCGCUCGUUCCAAUCCGAGGACGACGCUGUCAUGGACCCGAACUGGCGCUCGCUUCGUCCCCGACCGCCUGUCGAGUUCCCUACCUCGUUUACUGCGUCACCGACGGCGAUCACGAACCCGUCUUUCGAUGGCGUCGACCAGGAAGAUCCUUUCGAGAUCCGGCCGCCACCUCUCGCUCUACGUCGCCGCCUGACCGCCGACUCUAAGGAUAUGCCGCGCUCGCUGAUCCCGUCGCCCAGCCGCGCAAUUUCUGAGCAGUCUGUGCCCCAGCUCAAGCCUAACGACGGAGACAACAAGCUUUCCGCCGCCCACCGCCGUUGGCAUUCGGCAGAUCCGAAGGAGAAGAAGGGCCUCAAUCCCGAGGCGAAGGUUUUCCGGCUCACAAAGAAGUCGCUGCCGUCCUUCUUCCCUCCGCAGACGGCCCCUAUAUUCGAGCAGCGUGCACCCGGCCCGAUGCUGUCCGCGCUCCCUGCGGCCCUUAGUGUUCCGUGUGCGAUUCCGCCGCUCACGUCCGACUCGGAGUCGCUCUUCUCAUCUUACUCGAUGCGCGCGUUCGCACCGUCGCCUGCGGAGCGUGAGGCGCUGCAGCGUGCGCUCGGUGGAUCGACGAACACGAGCCUCGAGCGCCUGCCGACCCUCAGCGAAGUAUCGCUUGCGAGCAUGCCACCGUCACCUUCGCAUGUGCACACGGUAGCGGCGCAGAGGACGCCACCUGGUGGGGAGGCGGGCGGCAGGCGCCUUCUGCCUCCCGGGUUCGCCUGGCUACCGUUGUCGCAAACACGAAAGCCUGUGUUUAGCCCAUGGGAAGACGAAAGGGUGGAGGGAAGGAAACAGGGCGAUGGCCAGUGACUGCGGUUCUCCUAAUAUAUUCUUGUGCCAUGUAGAAAUGUGUGAAUAGCCAAGGGCGGGGAGCGUGGGCGGGGGAAGGAGAGAAGUCAAAGUCCAAUGUGUCUCAGAGAUUAUAACAGUGCAGUAACGAUUUGAAAUGACAAAGCGCUAUCUUCGAAACCCAUU